CAGGGCGCGACUGUGGAGGACCCGGGGCUCGCGGGGCAGGGCUAGGGGAAGGGCAGGGUUCGGGGUUCGGGGUUCGGGGGCGGGGUGUUCACGGCGACACCAAAAGGCAGGCAGGGUCUCCGGGAUCCCUGCUGUGUCCUCUGGAGAGGCCGCGGGGGCGGGCCGGGGGCGGGGCCGGCCGGCGGCGGCCAAGUUCAGUCCCGCUCUCCGCACGCCAGGGUCGGGUGCUCGCCAGCAUGUCCUUCGUCCCGGUGGCCGCGGAUUCCGACUUCCCCGUCCACAACCUGCCCUACGGCGUCUUCUCCACCGGAGGCGACCCAAGACCGAGGAUAGGCGUGGCUAUUGGCGAGCAGAUCCUGGACCUCAGCGUCAUCAAGCACCUCUUCACUGGACCUGUCCUCUCCAAACACCAGGAUGUCUUCAGUGAGCCUACGCUCAACAGCUUCAUGGGCCUGGGGCAGGCUGCCUGGAAGGAGGCGAGAGUGUUCUUGCAGAACUUGCUGUCUGUGAGCCAACCCAGGCUCAGAGAUGACACGGAGCUUCGGAAGCGUGCAUUCGUCUCCCAGGUGUCUGCCACGAUGCACCUUCCAGCUGCCAUAGGAGACUACACAGACUUCUAUUCCUCUCGGCAGCACGCAACCAACGUCGGAGUCAUGUUCAGAGGCAAGGAGAAUGCGUUGAUGCCAAAUUGGCUGCAUUUACCAGUGGGUUACCAUGGCCGGGCCUCCUCUGUCGUGGUGUCCGGCACUCCAAUCCGAAGGCCCAUGGGACAGAUGCAACCUGAUGACUCGAAGCCUCCUGUAUAUGGUGCCUGCAAGCUCCUGGACAUGGAGCUGGAAAUGGCUUUUUUUGUAGGCCCUGGAAACAGACUGGGAGAGCCGAUCCCCAUUUCCAAGGCCCACGAGCACAUUUUUGGAAUGGUCCUGAUGAACGACUGGAGUGCACGAGACAUUCAGAAGUGGGAGUAUGUCCCUCUUGGGCCAUUCCUUGGGAAGAGUUUUGGGACCACCAUCUCUCCGUGGGUGGUGCCCAUGGAUGCUCUCAUGCCCUUUGUUGUGCCUAACCCAGAGCAGGACCCCAGGCCCUUGCCGUAUCUCUGCCAUGACCAGCCCUACACAUUUGACAUCAACCUCUCUGUUGCCCUGAAAGGAGAAGGAAUGAGCCAGGCGGCUACCAUAUGCAAGUCCAAUUUUAAGUACAUGUACUGGACGAUGCUGCAGCAGCUCACUCACCACUCUGUCAAUGGCUGCAACCUGCGGCCGGGGGACCUCCUGGCUUCUGGGACCAUCAGCGGGCCGGAGCCAGAAAGCUUCGGCUCCAUGUUGGAACUGUCAUGGAGGGGAACGAAGCCCAUAGAGCUGGGGAACGGACAGACCAGGAAGUUUCUGCUGGACGGGGAUGAAGUCAUCAUAACAGGGCACUGCCAGGGGGACGGUUACCGCAUCGGCUUUGGCCAGUGUGCCGGAAAAGUGCUGCCCGCUCUCUUGCCAGCAUGAGAUUUUUCUCUGCUCUUCUGGAAACAGGGCUCAAGCACCCCUCCCAGCCCUGUGACUGGAGUCCUUCCUCGGGCUGUAGGCCCGCACCUUCAUUCAGUGACAAAUAAAGCCAUUGUGCUCGGAGGCCCAUACAGCUGCAGGCUGAUCUGCUUACAAUCGUGAUUUGAUCCAGUGGGUCAAGGAGUGUACAGCUUCCCUGCCAGACAUUCAUUCAUAUGUUUUCUUACUCUUAUUAGUGAGGUCUGGGGUCUCUGUGAGGUUUCUUAUUGGACAUCUCAGGCCUCCGGUUAUCCCACAGAAUACGGAAAGAGAGUGGGACCUGUAGUCAUCAGGGUUCUCCGGAGAAAUAGGCCGAGGAGAAAGA